AGUCAACAUUCACUUCAACAUUAUAUAUCUACGAUCUUGGUUUCCUAUUUCUUCAAUUACGUAACUUAAACAAUAUAUAAUAUUACUGUUAUUUUCAAUUAUAUGAAACACUUCUUAUUGACUUCUUUAACUUGUGUCGUAUUUAAACAUUAAAAUGUUCAAAAAAUUAGUUUCAUCUGUUGUGACACGUACUUUAUCACAAUACACCAUGAAAAAUAGUGCAAAAGUAAACCGGAUUGCUGCAAAUUCUUUAAUACGACCUUUUGGAACAUCUCAUAUUCACAAUGUUAAAGUUCAAGAUCCUGCUCCAUCAUUUAAAGGUAAAGCAAUUGUUAAUGGAGAAAUAAAAACUAUAAAAUUGGAUGAUUUUAGAGGAAAAUAUGUAGUGUUGUUUUUUUAUCCCUUAGAUUUCACAUUUGUAUGCCCUACAGAAUUAGUUUCUUUUAGUGAUAACAUUGAAGAAUUUACUAAAAUUGGAGCACAUGUUAUUGGAUGUUCAUGCGAUUCACAUUUUUCACAUUUAGCAUUUAUCAACACUCCUAGAAAGCAUGGUGGUUUGGGUGGUUUAAAGUAUCCAUUAUUGUCUGAUUUUAACAAAGAAAUUGCUAAGGCUUAUGAUGUUUUAGUGGAACCUGAUGGUGUAACACUUCGUGGUCUCUUUAUUAUAGACCCUACAGGAACUAUAAGACAGAUUACUAUUAAUGAUAUGCCCGUUGGGAGAAAUGUAGAUGAAGUCUUACGGCUUGUUCAGGCUUUUCAAUUUGUUGAUAAAAACGGAGAAGUUUGCCCAAUGAAUUGGAAACCUAACAGCCCAACAAUCAAACCGGAUCCCAACCAAGCUAAGGAAUAUUUUGAUAAAGUUAAUAAGUAAAAUCAGCUUCAAAAUGUUUAGAAUCUUAUCACAAAAAAAAUUAAAAUUUAUAUGAAUUUUAUAUAUUUUAUUAGAUUUAUAAGUAAAUUAAGCCAAAUAAAUUAUCAUUUUUUUUUUUUGUGAGAAAUUUUCUUUGUCGUACUUACUUAUUUCAUUGUAAAAACAAUACACCUUUACUUGAUAUUUCAUGUUUUGAAUAAUGAAAAAUUUCCUGUUGUAGUUUAUAGUAGUAAUCACAUAAUAAAUAAAGUCAAUUGUUAAAAUGAA